AUGUCGACUACGAGGGAGGGAGAGGAGGAGUUCCUAGAUAGGCUCGAGGCCGGACGCCCAGGCGUCGAGCUGGGGCUUGACAAGUCUGUGCGUCUCCUAGAGAAGUUGGGAUUGCCGCAGAGAGAGCUGAGGGUGAUGCACGUCGGGGGGACCAACGGGAAGGGAAGCGUCUGCGCCAUGAUGUCUUCAGUGCUACAAGCAGCCGGGUACUCCGUCGGCGUGUUCAGCUCCCCCCAUCUCCACCACUGGUCGGAGGCCGUGACGGUGAACGGGAUGGUGGACGUGGAGGCGUGGAGGAGAGCGGUGGGUAAGGUACAGCAGCAGCUCGUGCAGGAUGGAGAGGACGGCAAGUUCACUGCCUUCGAGGCGGCUUGCGCUGCCAUGUGGGUCCAGCUAGCAGAGAGGCAGGUGGACUACGCGCUGAUCGAGGUUGGGGUGGGGGGUCGACUGGACGCCACCAACGUGUGCGAGGAGGUGGAAGUAAGCAUCAUCACCAGCGUCGGGCUGGACCAUCAGGACCUGCUCGGCGAGACCGUCGCUGCCAUCGCCGAGCAGAAGAGCGGCAUCAUGAAGAAAGCGUGCCCCUCCGUCGUCUCCUCCACCCUCCCCGAAGACGCCAUGUCGGACCCGAUGACUGGAAGCAUGCUUGAGUUCGAGCUGUCGCUCCACGGUGACUUCCAGCUGUCAAAUGCCGGUACGGCCAUCGCUGCCCUCAAAGCUGUUGCUGCUACUCACUCCCGCCGAGGUACACCGAAGCCUCUGGUGCUGUCGGACGAGCACAUUCGCGAGGGGAUGCGGCGGGCGAGCUGGCCGGGGCGGCUGGAGUGGACCACGUGGCGGGGGAGAAGCAUCCUCCUUGACGGGGCUCACAACAGCGAGGCAGCCGCUGCCCUCCGCUCCUACAUCGACAGCAUCUCCCAUCGCUACCCCAAGGUGCACUGGGUGGUGGGCAUGGCAGAGAGCAAGGACGUGGAAGGGUUCGUUCGCAUCCUCGUUCGGCCCUGCGACGUCGUCGAGGCCGUCAGCGUUCAGUCGCUUCCUCGACGGCACACAGCAGCGUCUCCUGAUCGCAUUCAGAAGGCGGUGACAGCAGCAGGCGCUUGCUGCCAUGUGUCUGCCACGCUCACAGCGGCGCUUGAGCGAGCAUGCGAGGACGAGGACAGUCUCAAGGUGCUGUGCGGGUCGCUUCACCUCAUAGCAGAUUUUUGA